AUGAAGCUCUCAGUUGCUGUUAUUUCCUCCAUUCUUUUGGCAUCUGCCACAACUGCUGCCCCAAUUCAACAAAAUGCUACUCUUGAAAAUAAAGACUACAAUGGACUCCCGCCACCUCCUUCGCCUCUAUCUCCACCUCCAUCUCCCCCUUCUCCAAAUAAUGGUCCGGGUGGUCCAGGUAGUCCAAACGGUCCAGGUCACCCAGGUCUGCAUGAUGUAACUAACUCUACCACUACCAUUUUAAAGAGGGAAAUCCAACACAUCAACAGUACCAGUGUUGAGCAAAAGGGUUUUUUAGGUGGUAUCAUUGGUGGCUUGUUGGGUCCAAAUGGCCCUCCGCCACCACCUCCAAAUAAUGGUCCAGGUGGUUUCGGUAGACACGAUGUUGUUAACUCUACCUCUGCUUCUACCUCUGCUUCUACCUAG